AUGAAGCCAGCAGAGAUCAGAUUCUCUCUACAGAGACCUCUACAGCACAGAGAUCCAGCCAUGGCACCUACCAUCACUGCAGCAAUGACCAAUUCUCAGGAGCAUCUCACUCUGACCCACAAGCUCAGAAAGCCUCUGGUGGAGAAGUUACGCAGAGAGCGAAUCAACAGCAGCAUCGAGCAGCUCAAGUCUCUCCUGGGUCCAGACUUCCUCAAACAGCAGCCAGACUCCAAGCUGGAGAAAGCAGACAUCCUGGAGAUGACAGUUUGUGUCCUGAGACGACUGCAGCAGCAGCAUCAACAGCAGAGAAGACUGCUGAACCACGUCAACAAGCUGCUGUCUUCCUCUGACAACAACCUGACAGAGGCUGACUUCUCUCCUCUGAGCUCCACAGUCCACACCAGCAUCACCAAAGACAAGAGUCCAGACAACAGCUCCCUCUGGAGGCCGUGGUAGACACCAACUCACUGGAGUUACUGCCACACAAACUCUCAUGACCACAUUGGUCAAAGAUUACUGGACUGAAUCCUUUGAAAUUUGAUGGACUUGUUCUUCUGUAUGUACAGAAGGCUGUAUUUUGUGUAUUGAGAUUGUUCAAGAUGACAUUUCCUGAGGAAAUGACAGCAACAAUAUCUUUCAAGUUGAGAAAGAGAACCUCUUGUCAUGCAUGUUGCAUGAACAACAUCUGAUUGCAUCAGCAAUUAUCAUACCUCACUGUACUUCAUGUGUUGGUAGUAUAUGCUAUGAUUACAUUUGUUAUCUUUUAUUAUUGAUCAUUUUGAUCAGAAAACUUUUUAUGUCCUUUUUAUGGACAGUUUGUCAUAAUGAACUUUAAUCUUUGUGAUUAAUCAAAACUGAUCUGUUGUUGGAUCCAAAUGUUUUUACUUUUUUCUAAAGGUUUUGCUUAAUGUCACAAUUUUCCUGUGACACUUUUUUGAUUCACCUCAUGACAGGUAUCAUCAAAAUAUAAUACAAUGGUGAUCUCCUUCACCUCUUUAUGAGUAAUGAUCAUUUUGGUCACAAUUUUGAAUUGGUCCUUUUUAUGGACAUUUUCUCACUAUAAAUGUUAUCACACUUUUUAUGAUUACUGGAAAAUGGUUUUAAGAUUAAUAUAUCUGUGUUUUUACUGUAAAAGUUUUGUUUACUGUCACAGUUUUCAGUGACAGUUCAAAUUUUAACAAUUCAAGAAAAGACAUUUAAUUAAGUGUUCGUUCAGAACGAUGUGAUCUGUUUUAAGGUCAGUUUUUACCAUUUUAUGUUUUGUUUACAAAAUAUAAAUGUUUUAAUCCACUUGAGAAAAUCUCUCAAAGGACAGUGAGGACUGUGUCCUCAAAUAUUGAAAAUCGUUUGUCUUUUAUAAAGACAGCUGUUCCUUUACUCUCUCUGAGUACAGUGUGUCUUGUAGAAAUCUACAACUUGUUGUGAUGUAUCAUCACCUCCAGUUGGAGCUUUCUCACUUCAUGUGGCUCAUUGUGCCUUGUUGAAUAAACAAACACU